ACCACAGACCAGAGUCAGAAGAAAAAAAGAAAAGAAGCGAGGGAGGGAGAAAAAUAUAAAGGCAAAAGGCCCAAACUAUCAAAUCUAAAAAAAAAAAUUCAAUUUUUUUCUUUGUUUCUUCCUUGAAUCUCUAUGAAUGCAUGUCAGCUCGGUAAUGGUUAUCGAGUGUGAGAGUCCAUGAGCUUCUGCCUUUUGCUUUUGUAAACAGAAAAAACAUAAGAAAAAAAAUACGAAUUGGAAAAUGGCGCAGAAGGUGGAACAGCAGCUCAAGGAGUUGGGAUCCAAGCUUCAUUCUCCUCCUUCUUCCAAAGACGCUCUUCUCAAGCUCUUAAAGCAAGCUGCUACAUGUCUUUCUGAGCUUGAUCAAUCUCCUCCAUCAACAACAGUGGAAUCAAUGCAGCCCUUUCUAAAUGCAAUUGUCAAGCCAGAAUUGCUCAAGCAUCAAGAUAGGGAUGCCAAACUUCUAGUUGCAACCUGUAUUUGUGAGAUAACUCGUAUUACUGCUCCAGAAGCGCCAUAUAACGAUGACGUUUUAAAGGAUAUAUUUCAUCUGAUUGUUGGUACUUUUAAUGGAUUGAGUGACACCAAUGGCCCAUCUUUUGGAAGGAGAGUUGUCAUUUUGGAGACUCUUGCGAAAUAUAGAUCAUGUGUUGUUAUGCUGGAUCUUGAGUGUGAUGAUCUGGUGAAUGAAAUGUUCAGUACAUUUUUUGCUGUUGUCAGAGAUGACCAUCCUGAAAGUGUUUUAGCAUCCAUGCUAACAAUCAUGGUCGUCGUUUUAGAAGAGAGCGAAGAUGUUCGAGAUGAUCUUUUACUUAUUAUAUUGUCUGCUUUAGGUCGCAAGAGAAGUGAUGUUACUCCAGCUGCAAGGAGACUUGCUAUGAAUGUCAUAGAGCAGUGCUCAGGAAAACUUGGAGCUGGCAUAAAACAAUUUCUUAUAUCAUUGAUGUCCGGAGAUAAUCAUUUAGUAAAUAGUGAAUUUGACUACCAUGAAGUUAUCUAUGAUGUUUAUUGUUGUGCUCCUCAGAUACUAUCAGGAGUCGUCCCAUACCUUACUGGAGAGCUUUUGACUGAUCAAUUAGACACUCGUUUGAGAGCUGUGAGAUUGGUUGGGGACCUCUUUUCUCUGCCAGGCUCUACUAUAUGUGAAGCAUUUCGGCCAAUAUUUUCAGAAUUUUUGAAAAGGUUGACUGAUCGAGUUGUUGAUGUUCGAAUGUCUGUACUUGAACAUGUUAAGAACUGUCUGUUGUCGAAUCCCUCCAGAUCCGAGGCUGCUGAAAUUAUCUCUGCCCUCUGUGAUCGGCUGUUAGACUACGAUGAAAAUGUUCGAAAGCAAGUUGUGGCUGUAAUAUCUGAUGUUGCUUGUCAUUCUCUUGCUUCUGUUCCUGUUGAGACUAUAAAACUUGUUGCAGAGCGUCUUCGAGACAAAUCUCUGCUUGUUAAAAAAUUUACUUUGGAAAGGCUGGCUGAGAUAUUCAAAGUUUAUUGUACUAGCUGCACUGAUGGCUCAAUCACUACAAAUGAAUAUGAUUGGAUACCUGGGAAGAUUUUUAGGUGUUUCUAUGACAAGGAUUUUAGGUCAGAUACGAUCGAGUCUAUUUUAUGUGGGUUUCUCUUUCCAACUGGGUUCUCAACCAAAGAUAAAGUUAAAUGUUGGAUACGAGUUUUCUCAGGAUUCGACAAAAUUGAGGUGAAAGCACUUGAGAGGAUGCUGGAGCAGAAGCAGAGGUUACAGCAAGAGAUGCAGAGGUAUCUCUCUCUAAGGCAGAUGCAUCAGGAUACUGAUUCUCCUGAUUUACAGAAGAAAGUUUUGUUUGGCUUCCGAAUCAUGUCACGCUGUUUUUCUGAUCCCGUGAAGGCUGAAGAGAGUUUUCAGAUUCUUGAUCAGUUGAAAGAUGCUAACAUAUGGAGGAUUUUAGUGAAUCUACUCGAUCCAAAUACCAGCUUCCACCAAGCUUCUAGUGGUCGGGAUGAUUUGCUUAAAAUACUUGGUGAGAAGCAUCGUCUCUACGAUUUCCUAAGUACUCUCUCUCUGAAGUGUUCGUAUCUACUUUUUAACAAGGAGCAUGUUAAAGAAAUCUUUCUGGAGGCUACCGUACAGAAGUCUACUGGAAAUAUACAAUACACUCAUUCUUGCAUGAAUAUACUUGUGAUUCUGGCUCGCUUUAGUCCAUUGCUUCUGGGUGGAGCUGAAGAAGAAUUGGUUAAAUUUUUGAAAGAUGACAAUGAAAUAAUAAAAGAAGGCAUUUUGCAUGUUUUGGCUAAGGCUGGUGGUACCAUUCGAGAACAACUUGCGAUGUCAUCAAGGUCAAUUGAUCUUAUAUUGGAGAGACUCUGUUUAGAAGGAAGUCGAAGACAAGCGAAGUAUGCAGUGCAUGCACUAGCAGCAAUAACUAAGGAUGAUGGGCUCAAGUCCCUCUCUGUGCUAUAUAAGAGGCUUGUGGACAUGCUGGAGGAAAAAACGCAUUUGCCAGCUGUGCUACAGUCUUUGGGAUGUAUAGCUCAGAUUGCGAUGCCUGUUUUUGAAACUAGAGAGAGUGAUAUUGAAGAAUUUAUUAAAAGCAAAAUUCUGAGAUGCAGUAAUAAAGCAGAUACCAGUGCAAAAGAAUGUUGGGAUGACAAAAGCGAACUUUGUCUGUUGAAGGUAUUUGGGUUAAAGACAUUGGUCAAAAGCUAUUUGCCUGUUAAAGAUGCUCAUCUUCGUCUGGGUAUCUCUAAUCUUCUAGAACUCCUUAGAAACAUACUUUCUUUCGGUGAAAUAUCAAAAGAGAUAGAAUCAAGUUCAGUUGAUAAGGCCCAUUUACGGCUUGCUGCGGCCAAGGCAGUUCUUCGUCUGUCACGGUACUGGGAUCAUAAGAUUCCUCUUGAUGUCUUCCAGUUAACCUUGAGGACCCCUGAGAUGAUCUCUUUCCCUCAGGCUGGGAAACUGUUCCUCAGAAAAGUUCAUCAAUAUAUAAAGGAUCGGCUCUUGGAUGCAAAAUAUGCUUGUGCUUUCUUAUUUAACAUAACUGGAUCCAAAUUGCUUGACGAGGAGGAAAAACAGAAUUUAGCCGACAUCUUUCAAAUGUAUCAGCAGGCUAAAGCACGUCUGGUUUCUGUACAAUCUGAUUCAAAUUCCUCAACGGCAUAUCCAGAAUACAUCCUGCCUUAUUUGGUCUAUGUUCUUGCUCAUCAUUCAUGUCCCAAGACAGAUGAAUGCAAGGAUGUUAAAGCAUUUGAGCUAAUAUACCGGCAGUUGUUUGUGGCUAUUUCUAUGUUGGUGAAUAGAGAUGAAGAUACAAAGUCAGAAGUCGGAGUCAACAAGGAGAAGCAGAGCAUUUCUGUGAUAUUUUCUAUCUUUAAGAGUAUCAAGUGUUCUGAAGACAAUGUUGAUGCAACAAAAUCAGAGAAUUCACAUGCUAUCUGUGACCUUGGACUUUCCAUCAUGAAACGCCUGGCUUAUAAGGAGGAGGAUUUGCAAGGGCUUAUGCAGUCUGUUUCUCUGCCUUCUCUCUUGUACAAACCAUAUGAAAGAAAAGAAGGUGAAGGUUCACAGGCUGGUGAAAGGAGGACAUGGUUAGCUGAUGAGACUGUCCUAUCUCACUUUGAAUCUCUAAAGUUGGAAUCUGAUGGAAUGGUUCAGCAAGAGAUUUCUGAGGGUGAGGCUCUGAAAGACAGUGAAAUAGAAGGGAAUGACAUGCCUCUUAGAAAAAUGAUUAAGCUACUAAAAUCUAAAGGAGCCGAGGAUGGAAAGGCAAAAAGGAAAAAAUCUCUCUUAGCAGAAGCAAAAGAUGCUAAAAAUGAUACUGAUAUUUUGAAAUUGGCAAGGGAAAUAAAUUUGAGCAGUCGAGAAAUGUCCAGUAAGUUUGAAUCAAGCAACGGUCAUAAUCAUUCUCCUACCAAGAAAGAAAAAUUGGGGCAGGAGCAUCAGAAAGGUAAAAAGAGAAAAACCAGUGGUGCAGCUUCUGUCCAAGUGCCUAAACACAGUAGGUCAUUGUCUGCUUAUACUGCUUUCAAAAUUUCAAAAAGUGUUACUAAGGUCCCUUCAAGAGAUUCAGGAGAUGACUGGCAUGAAGCUAAAGAUGCCUCAUUUCAAUCUACUGAAAUGGACAUGGACAAAAUUCACGACUCAAAAGAUCAACUGCGUACACAAAAAACAUUUAAUAAGAACAAUGGGUCAGAUUAUUUGGUGUCAUGUAUUCGGAAGAAAAGAAGCAUCUCCUCGAAAGGUGAAGGCAAAGGCUAUGAUUGGGGUCAUAGUGAUGUGUCAGAUGAAGAUGAUGAUGAAAAUCUGGAGAAGUCUGCAGCUGGAUCUAGAGUCAAGUCUAAGAGGAGCAUUGCAGGAUUAGCAAAGUGCACAACAAAGGAAGAUGGAAUUGAUAUUGCAGACUUGAUUGGUUACAGAAUAAAAGUAUGGUGGCCCAUGGAUAAGAAGUUUUAUGAAGGUACCGUCAAGUCUUAUGACCCUAUAAAAAGGAAGCAUGUCGUAUUAUACGAUGAUGGAGAUGUGGAAGUACUCCGUUUGGAAAGAGAGCGCUGGGAGCUUGUUAAUGCAGGCUGCAAGUCUGUAAAGAAGGCAAAGUCACCAAAAGGCAGCAAGGGCCCUUUGAAGGAAAGGUCUCCUGGGCAGAAAAGUAAGAGUUUAGGUGGUUCACGUCAGAAUAAGAGUUCAGUAAAGAUGGUUCAGAGGAAAAGAACUCCAAAGAGAAACUUGAAGCAUACUCAAAAGAGCACAUUGAAAAGCAAUGCUGAUGAUGAAGAGGCAGCUGACCUGUCAAAAUCCACUGCUGCUCUUAAGAAUGAUAAGAUGAACUCAGAUCAAUCGGAAGGAGAGGACACUGAAAUGGUGGAUGAGAACCUAACAGAUAGGGAAGAAUCUGAUAAAGAAGUGGGUUCAGUUUCCCAGGAGAGGUGUUCAGAGGAUACAAAGGGAAGCCCAAACCAUAGUGAGGAGGCAAAUGAAGUAAAAUCUGAUGCUGAUAGCUAUCUUUCUGAAGAGGCAGAUAGCAUUUCGAAAAAUGCUGAAAAGGAGGAUGAAGAAGAGAAAGCAGCUAAUGAAUUAGCAAGUGAAGUCUCAAGAGAAAGAGAUCCUACUGCUAGUAAAGCAACUGAACGUGAAGUCAAAGAGACUGAAGAAAGUGACCAAAUUGAGACCAAAUCUCGAGUUUCAAAGAAAUCCUCGAAAGGAUUGAUGUCAUUUUCAGUAGAUGUGGAUUCUGGGAUUUCUGAUGAUGAGCCCCUUUGUAAGUGGAAGCGUAAAGUUGGGAAAUCAAGUUCUAAGAAGCCAGUGCAGUAGGCAAAUGCAAAGUGCAGAGAAGAAAGGUAACAGUGGGCAUCUAUCUGACUCUAUGUAAACAAACACAUAUAUAUGGAAAUAAAUGUAUGACUAACUCUAGAGUCUAGACUAGAGAAUGUUACUGUAUUAUUUAAUGACAGUGUUAGGGAGAAGUGAAAUGAAAUGAAAUGUUAGUGGUUGGCACUUGGCACACACACACAGAGUUGGGAUAAAGAUUUUGGAUGGAUGGGAUGGUGUAGGAGACUCGGGCUGGGGAUCUGAGAGAUCUUCAAAUGAAAUCUAGCCUUAGACAUAUAUGGAUAGAUAAUAGGUUUCAUUAUGUGUACAGCUACUUAUAUUUUGGGGAUAGCUUUAUUUUGUUUAUUUCAUCCAACACCUAAACAAAACAAUCCAUAUCGCAUUCAUCA